ACCCGCAGCCCGUCCCGCAGCCGACAGUCCCUCGAGCACCCCGGGCCGGCGGGCAGCAGCAGUAAGUGUGGACGUCUGUGUAAGUGCGAGAGCAUCAUGGUGGCGUUUAAAGGAGUCUGGACUCAGCCCUUCUGGAAAGCCGUUUCAGCAGAAUUUUUGGCUAUGCUCAUUUUUGUCCUUCUCAGCCUCGGCUCCACUAUCAACUGGGGUGGAUCGGAGAAGCCCCUGCCUGUAGACAUGGUCCUUAUCUCCCUCUGCUUUGGACUCAGCAUUGCAACCAUGGUGCAGUGCUUUGGGCACAUCAGCGGAGGCCACAUUAACCCUGCUGUGACCGUGGCAAUGGUCUGCACAAGAAAGAUCAGCCUCGCCAAGUCAGUCUUCUACAUCCUCGCCCAGUGCUUGGGAGCCAUCGUAGGCGCAGGCAUCCUUUACCUCGUCACACCACCAAGCGUGGUGGGAGGCCUGGGAGUCACUGCGGUCCAUGGGGAUCUUUCCGCUGGCCAUGGUCUCCUGGUGGAGUUGAUAAUUACAUUCCAGCUGGUUUUUACUAUUUUUGCCAGCUGUGAUUCAAAGCGAAGUGAUGUCACUGGUUCAGUAGCUUUAGCAAUUGGACUUUCUGUUGCAAUUGGACAUUUAUUUGCUAUCAAUUACACCGGUGCCAGUAUGAACCCUGCUCGAUCAUUUGGACCUGCUGUCAUCAUGGGGAGAUGGGAGAACCAAUGGGUAUAUUGGGUGGGACCAAUAAUAGGAGCAGUCCUUGCUGGUGCUCUUUAUGAGUAUGUCUAUUGCCCAGACGUUGAACUCAAGCGCCGUUUUAAAGGUGUCUUUGGUAAGGCUACCCAGCCGUCCAAAGGGAAGUACAUUGAGGUGGACGAUAACAGGAGCCAUGUAGAGACCGAUGACCUGAUCCUGAAACCUGGCAUAGUUCAUGUGAUUGAUAUCGACAGGGGUGAGGACAAGAAGGGAAGAGAUCCAUCCAGCGAGGUGUUGUCUUCUGUAUGACUAGCAAGAAGCACUGAAAACAGAGAGCAGCCUGCUAGCACGUCCACAGAUAUCCUUCUGCCUAUUAAAGAAACAGAUCUCCUCUAGACUGAGUGUCUUACCAUUUCUUAAAAGAUAUG